ACUGGCACACUGAUUUUCCAUAAACUCUGAACAGGCACAAGGGUACUGGAUACUUUUAUAUACUAACAAACUAAAUACAUGUCUCGAAUGCAUGUAGACGGACAUGACAGCCUUGGAUUUACAAUUACUUGCUAAAACUGACAGGAUUUUCAAGCUAAUUUGAAAGUGAAAGCAAGUUGUGUAAACAGCUAUUUGUUUAGAAAAGUGUCUACUAUGGCAUCUAAAUCAUUUUCCGAAGAGGACUUCACCUGUCCUGUGUGCUGUGACGUCUUCAAGGACCCUGUGCUGCUGAAAUGUAGUCACAGCUUCUGUAAAGUCUGUCUGCAGCAGUUCUGGGAAACAAAAGGCUCCAGAGAAUGUCCAGUCUGCAGGAGGAGGUCAUCAAUGGAAUAUCCUCCUCUCAAUCUUCACUUAAGGAACCUGUGUGAGAGCUACUUACAGGAGAGAAGUCAGAGAGCUUCAGCAGGGUCUGAGGUGAUCUGCAGUCUGCACAGUGAGAAACUCAAGCUCUUCUGUCUGGAGGAUAAACAGCCUGUGUGUGUGGUGUGCAGAGACUCCAAAAAGCACACUGGCCACAAAUUUCACCCUGUUGAUGAAGCAGCCCUUGACCGUAAGGAGGAGCUCAAGAUCAAACUGCAGCCCUUACAGCAGAAACUGAAGACCUUUGAGAAGGCUAAAGUCACCUGUGAUCAAACAGCAACACACAUCAAGACUCAGGCCCAGCACACAGAGAGGCAGAUCAAAGUGGAGUUUGAGAAGCUGCACCAGUUUCUACGAGAUGAAGAGGCAGCCAGGAUAGCUGCACUGAGGGAGGAAGAGGAACAGAAGAGUCAGAUGAUGAAGGAGAAGAUUGAGAAGAUGAGCAGAGAGAUUUCAACUCUUUCAGACACAAUCAGAGUCAUAGAAGAGGAGAUGGGAGCUGAUGACAUCACAUUCCUGCAGCAGUGCACACUGCAGGAUCCAGAGAGGGUUUCAGGAGCUCUGAUCAAUGUGGCAAAGCACCUGGGCAACCUGAAGUUCAGAGUCUGGGAGAAGAUGCAGGAGACUGUUCAGUACACUCCUGUGACUCUGGAUCCCAACACUGCAAAACCCAAUCUCAUCCUGUCUGAGGAUCUGACCAGUGUGAGACGUGGUGAUGAGGUGCAGCAGCUUCCUGAUAACCCAGAGAGAUUUGAUAAGUGCAGUGUUCUGGGCUCUGAGGGCUUUAACUCAGGGACUCACUGCUGGGAUGUGGAGGUUGGAGAGAGCACACUGUGGCAAGUGGGUGUGAUGACAGAGUCUCUCCAGAGGAAAGGAGACUACAGGUCCAUGAGUGGAUGGUGGAUUGUGCAAUAUAAAGAUGGUGCAUAUGCAGCAGGUGCUGCACCACGGCUCACUCGCCUCACAGUGCAGCAGAAACCCCAGAGGAUCAGAGUGCAGCUGGACUGGGACAGAGGAAAGCUGACAUUCUCUGAUCCUGAUAAUAUCACACACCUACACACUCUCACACACGCUUUCACUGAGAGAGUGUUUCCAUUCUUUAAUGGAUAUCCUCUGAGGAUCUCACCAGUGAAGGUCUCAGUUGGAGUAGUUAGAGCUCCCUGGGUGUUUUCAGGCUGACAGAGAACCGUGUCGGUGCCGGUUCCCGCACGUAAUCUCGAACCGCCCGACGUGUUCACGCCAAAAAUCAGAGCGUUCGGGAACCGAAAAGUUGGUUCCCGAUGCGGACCAAGGAAAACUUGGUUUAUCUAAGCGAACCGUGACGACUAGGUACACGUCAUCAGGUUCAUCCGGGUCAUACGCGGCAAAACAAACAAAGAAAACGUGUGUGCUUGCUGUGACAGCUUCCUUGCUGUGACAUCCGCUUUCGUAUGGCCGUCUUGUGGCAAUUCAACACCCCCUGUCGAUGCCGCAUCACAGGUUCACUUAAAUAGUGUGAACGCGGGCCGCUCACCUGUAAGCACUUUGGUUCACAGUGUAAUUGGGGCGGGAACCAGCACUGGCACCGUUCUGGCCGACCUGAAAACACCCUGUGUGGACCAGAACGGAUCAGCAUGAGGAGAUGAAUCAGGUAGAGGAGAAAUCUCCAGCACUCUCCACACCAGACACUCUGACUUUUUUUAAUUCUUAGGUUUACUGUGCAUGUGAUAAUGUGCUGUCCGUUCUAUGGAUGUCACUGUAUCAUGCAUCCCCUCUAUUGAAAUCCAGUUGCUUCUUCUUAUUAUUAUUUUUAUUCUAUUUACCUUUUUGUGCACGCUUUAACUAA